CAGCCUCCGUCCUCCAGCUGCCUGUAAAUAUCUCCUGUAAUUCUCUCUCCUUUCUCACCUAAAUUUUCGAUCAGCUUCUGGCUUCCGUUUGACGGGCAGCUAACCAACUUGAACUCGUCAUUCUUCCUUCCUUCUGCUUCCCCUUUCCCUUCUUCUCGCCAUCACCAUCUUCCCUUUACAAUUUAAUACUCAAAAACCUACCAAUUAAACGGGGGGAUCCCAUUAUCGUAGUUUUUCUUCUUUCUUCGAUUCUCUUCAUCUUCGCCCUUCAAAUCCAAAGAGAAACUCGCUUGGAAGGCCUCACCCUCCUGGCUGGCGUUUUCUCCAAUGGGUUCUUCUCUUCUGAAGGUCGUUUCUUCUUCGUUACAGAAAGGACGGAUUUGAAGGCCAAGUUUCCCGGAAAAUUUUCUUGGGCUAGGGAGUCUCUAUCUAGAAUUCCGCAGCGAUGGGGACCAACAAGAUGAAGGGCGUUUUGAAGGGCUUACGAUACAUUACUCAGAUAUUUGAUGAGGACAAAGAACCGGAGAUGCAAAUUGGGUUUCCGACGGACGUAAAGCACGUGGCUCAUAUUGGGUGGGAUGGACCCUCUGUAGACUCACCCAGCUGGAUGAAGGAGUUUGAUGCAACGGCACCCCAAGGGGCCCAGGGAUUUCAAUCAGCACCGUUAAAUGCCAAUGGGGAACCAAUCAACUCGGAGGAAGAUAUCAAAUGGGUUUCUGAAGGUUCUGGCCGGAAGGGUAGUUUAAAAGCACAGGAUUCUGCAAACAAAGAACCGUCCCAGAAGCCCAAGACAACCAGACGCCACUCUUCGGCAGGGGGUUCGCCCACACCCGGAUCCCCAAAACGCGAUCCGUCCGGAAAAUCGGGCCGGGCAUCAAGGAAAAACUCGUCGGAAGGUUCGAAGUCGACCCGCCACAAGGAUUCGGAAGCCCUACCUGACAUCCCGAAGAAAUCGCACCGCAAGAAGCCCAAGGAUUUGGGCGGGUCAUCAAAGUCGUCGCGCUCGAAGCAGGGCCCGCCCGCCCCUGACGGCCAGCCCCUGCCCGGAUCCGAGAGCAAUGGCGGCCUGGUCAGUCAGAACUCCAGUUCGAGGCCGCCCGUAGAGGAAGAUAAAGGAUAAAACAAGAAUUUCACAGGGAAGAGUUGGGUGCAUAUUAAUUUGUGUCUGUAGCUAGAAGAAAACGAAAACGAAAGCGAGAGAGAGAAAGAGAGAAGCUUUUGCAUAGUUGCAAACAAAAUUUUCGCUUCAUCUGUUGUAUGAUUCAAAAUAUUCUUCCAUCUCGUCCUUUUCAUAUAUAUAUAUAUAUGUGUGUGUGUGUGUGAUUACAGACAUAUUAUUCCUCAAUUAUUUGGAUUAAAUUAAACCAUCAUUU